AUGCUAGAGUUUCUGGACCUGAGGAAAAGUCUACAGUCUGAAAUUCUAGACUCUCUGGACCUGAGGAAAAGUCUACAUUCUGAAAUACUAGACUCUCUGGAUCUGAGGAAAAGUCUACAGUCUGAAAUACUAGACUCUCUGGAUCUGAGGAAAAGUCUACAGUCUGAAAUCCUGGACUCUCUGGACCUGAGGACUAGUCUACAGUCUGAAAUCCUAGAUUCUCUGGACCUGAGGAAAAGUCUACAGUCUGAAAUACUGGACUCCCUGGACCUGAGGAAAAGUCUACAGUCUGAAAUCCUAGAGUCUCUGGACCUGAGGAAAAGUCUACAGAAAGGUCUACAGUCUGAAAUACUGGACUCCCUGGACCUGAGGAAGGGUCUGCAGGCUGAAAUCCUAGAGUCUCUGAACCUGAGGGAAAGUCUACAGUCUGAAAUCCUAGACUCUCUGUGUCUGAGGAAAAGUCUACAGUCUGAUAUCCUGGACUCCCUGGACCUGAGUCUGAAACACCUCCCUGAGACUGAGAACUAG